UGAUUUCAGUAUAAUUCGUCAGCAGCAGAACUGGUCAUCUAUAUAAGUACAUAAGCAAAAACGAUCAUUCGACCCCACACGCUUCCUGAUCGCUUCUGGCAAUGGGGCAUCCUGUCGUCGCCGUCGCCAUCGUCUUCGUCUCCGCCGCCAUCGCCAUGGCGGCGAGCUCCCAGUACUCCCACCACCCGCUCGACCCGCUCACCGCCACGGAGAUCACCGCCAUCCGCGCCGCCGUGCUCGCCUCCCCGCUCGUGCCGGCCCGCCCGCUUUUCUUCCACUACGUCGGCCUCGACGAGCCUGACAAGCCGGACGUCCUCUCCUACGCCUAUGGCGCCGCCGACGCCGCUGCCACCUCCUCCCAAAUGACCCUGCCGCGCCGCGCGUUCGUCAUCGCGCGGGCCGGCGGCCAGUCGCACGAGUUCACCGUCGACAUCGCCGCCGACAACGCGUCCGUGCUCUCGCACGCCGUCCACCGCGGGCCCGGCUUCCCGAUGUUCACGGACGAGGACCAGAUCGCGGCCAUGGCGCUGCCGUACACGUACCCACCGUUCGUGGAGUCCGUCCGGCGGCGCGGGCUGGACGUCGGCGAGGUCGGCUGCGGGGUGCUCUCGAGGGGGUGGUUCGGCGCCGAGCAGCCGGCGUACGGCGGCGCCAGGGUGGCGAAGAUGAAGUGCGUGGUGGUGGACUACAACGCCACGGCGAACAUCUACGCGCGGCCGGUGGAAGGCGUGGUGAUGGUGGUGGACCUCGACCGGAUGGCCAUCAUCGGGUACAGGGACAGGGCGGUGUUCACGGUGCCCAAGGCGGAAGGGACGGACUACCGGGCGGACAAGGUCGGGCCGCCGUUCACGGGACCGGCGGCGCCGCCCGGCGUGGUGAUGCAGCCGGAGGGCAGGGGGUUCCACGUCCACGGCCAUCUUGUCAAAUGGGCCAACUGGGAGUUCCAUGUGGGUUUUGACAUGCGCGCUGGCACGGUCAUCUCUCUGGCCUCGGUGAACGACACCGAUGCCGGUGGGCUGAAGCGGCGGGUGCUCUACCGCGGCUUCGUUUCGGAGAUCUUCGUACCGUACAUGGAUCCGGAGGAGGAGUGGUACUUCCACACGUUCACGGACGCCGGCGAGUACGGCCUCGGAGCCUUGGCGUCGCAGCUUCAGCGUGGUGCCGACUGCCCAGCCAACGCUGUCUACAUGGAUGGCUACUACGCCGGCUCCGACGGCAAGCCCGUGAAAGCCGAGGACGUGAUCUGUCUGUUCGAGCGAUACGCUGGUGAUGUCGCAUGGCGCCACACCAAUGGCAUUGGGCUGGGCGGAUUGUUCUCGGAGGUCCGGCCGGACGUGACCUUGGUGGUGAGGAUGGUGGUGACGGUUGGGAACUAUGACUACACAUUGGACUGGGAGUUUAAGACCGUUGGCUCCAUUAAGAUUGUGGUGUCUCUUAGCGGUAUCCUGGAGAUGAAGGCCAUAAACUACACGCACGUCGACCAAAUCAGGGAAGACACACAUGGCACGCUGAUCACCGAGAACACCAUCGGUGUCUACCAUGACCACUUUGUUACCUACCACCUCGACCUCGACAUUGAUGGCACCCGGAACUCUUUCAUCAAAAACAACAUCGUUCCUAAGUGCAACACUGGCGUUCGUGCAACCGGCGGUGCUCCCACACCGAGGAGGAGCUACUGGACAGUACUAUAUGAGGUUGCCGAGACUGAGGCGGAAGGCCAGGUGAACAUUAAUAGCGCUCCUGCUGACCUCCUCUUCGUCAACCCGAGCAAGAAGAUGAAGAUUGGCAAUGAGGUAGGUUACCGGCUCAUUCCAACUGGUGCGACAGCAACGUCAUUGUUGGCCGACGAUGACUACCCGGAGCGCCGUGCAAGCUACACCAAGAAGCAGGUCUGGGUUACGCCGUAUAACAAGUCGGAGAAGUGGGCAUCCGGAUUAUACGCCGAGCAAAGCACGGGAGAUGACAACUUGGCCGCCUGGAGCAAGAGGAACAGAAGUAUAAAGGAUGAAGACAUUGUACUGUGGUAUACGGUUGGUCUGCACCAUGUUCCGUACCAGGAGGACUUCCCAGUGAUGCCAACUAUCAGCGGUGCAUUAGAGGUCCGUCCAUCCAACUUCUUCGAGAGGAACCCGCUUAUCAGAACAAAGCCACCCGAAAACUCCCCAAACUGCUCGUGCAGCAUUGGAGGAUCUGCUUAAUGUGAUUGAUGCUGCCGUGCAUCUUAUUUAUAUUUAAGACAUCUUGUGCGUCUAUGAUUCGAUAUAGCGGACCAUUGGGGAGACAUUGUUCGCCUUUUGUCCAAUAAUUUUUAUUUGAUUUGAUCAGUAAGAAGAUCAUAUUUGCUGGCAAGGCCCUUACUGUAACAUUACUAAAUGAUAAUAGUAGGUAGGUAGAGUGAUGCUUCGGUACUCUUCUGCUAGUAGUAUACUACUAGCAGAAAUGAUCU